AUGAAGAGUGGCUAUGUGGACGUGCUGUUCGCUAAUGUCACGCACUACGGGGAAAAGGUGCGACACUACGUGGAGCACUGCAGUUUUGACAUGGUCGGCUUAGCAGAGCAUCACUUGCUCCCAAAGGCCGCCAAGCAGGAGAUCAAGAAACUGAGAUUCAAGGGGUGGCAAUCCCAGUUCUCGUGGACGCCUGCGACACCAUCGAUGCGGAGUAAGUCUGGUACUCAAGGGGGGACGCGCUGGCUUGCCAGAGCAGGUCACGUCACGGCAGCACACUUGCCCGAUGGCACGGGGCACAGUGUAUUUCAGAAAGAACUGCGCGACAUCUCGAUCAUCCUCUGGCGUUUGAAAGGGGCGACGCUGGCUUUGAUCUCGGUGUAUCUUGAUUGCAGUGUGGGACUAGACGGACCAGCGAACGUCGCCAAGAUGGUACAGCUGACACGAGUGGUGAAGUCCCUAGGAGUGCCAUGGGUAGCACUCGGAGAUUGGAACAACACACCGACGCAGAUGCAGCAGUCACCAUGGUUGAAGGCUCUGAGGGGAGAGUUGCUGAUACCAAGCGAUUGUACCGUCACAUGUUCCACAGGCAAAGGCAGACUCAUUGAUUACGGGAUAGCCUCGCGAGACUUUCGCCCGUUUGUGAAAGAAUUCAAGCCUGUGAGGGAAGUUCCAUGGAGCCCACACGUGGGCCUCCACCUGCGCCUGCACUCGCGACCCGCCUCGGUCAAGGUGCAGAUGCCGAUCCAGCCAGUGAAGAUCGAGAUCGCCACCACCACGGCCCACAAAGAGAAAGGACUCAAGCGAGCCCAACGUGAUCGUGAGAAGUAUCAGAAGAUGGUGGCAGCAGCAGCAGAGCGCGACGAGAAUGCAGCGACACCAGGAGACCUGCAUCAUGAUGAGUAUGCGCACCUCCUGGAGACGACGUAUGCCACGGAGCAGAAAGAGGCAACCAGCGAUGAGCAGUGGUUUCAGGCGCUGGCAGACACCCGAGGACGAGCGGUGCAAGACCCAGUUGAUGAUGUGGCAGACUCCUGGGCGUAUCGGCUGGACCCUGAGGGCUCCAACAAGCUGGCCUACCACUUUGGCGAAUGGUCAGUAGCAGCGGAGCAGUCACUGUGCAUCAUGACGGAUGCCAAGCCAAAAGAUAAGGUGCGAAGAGGAUGCAAUCCCAAGUUCACGCUGCGCAAGGUCACCAUUCAAGAGAAGACAGACCCCUUCUUGGACGCGGCCCUCAGGGAAAAGGCGAAUCUGUGGGAGGCCUUGGCUGCCAGACUGAGGGAGUCGGCAAUACUGAAGGCGCGGCAGAAGAAGGAUGAAGACUUGAAGCUGGUUGAGAGCGUCAUGCGCUCGCUCAGUCAGCGCAUCGAGCUCAUCGACCAGGCCAAGGGCGGCAAUCAGGACACCGACAGGGACAUGGAGGAGGACAGCAGGGUGCUGCUCAACUUGACGCAGUAUCUAGCAGGUCAGCCUUGUCAGUCACUGCGGGGCCCGCCGGCCCCAAAGCCGUCAAAAAAGCAGCGGAAGGCCGGAGAGAGCGGCACCCAGAAGGAGGCGACGGCGGAGCUGAUCGCCCCACCAGUGGCCACCAGCAGCAUGGACUGCGAGGACGACCCCUUCGUGCAGAUGGAUGCGGAGGCGGACGAGCCCAACCUUCAGCAGCUGCAGCUGGAGGAGGAGGCUGCUGAAGAAGAGGGGGGAGCAGCCCCAACUGGCCCGCUCUACGGGGUUGGGGACACGAGGGACCUCGAUGGCGGGAAGCUCGACACCUACGGCUCCACCGACUGGGGGCACAUCGUCCCAACUGGCCCGCUCUACGGGGUUGGGACCACGAGCGACGAGGGAAGCAAGCAGUUCGACACCCUCGACGCCGUCUACUGGGAGUACGCCGCCCCAACUGGCCCGCUCUACGGGGUUGGGGCCAAGAGCGACAGGGAAUGCGAGCAGUUCUACUUUGAU